AUGUCCACGAAGAAAGAUUGGUUACCAAAACGUAUUUGUGUUCCGCGAAAGAGUGUUUCAAUUAAUGACUCUUCAUCUUGGAUCUGUUCUUUCGGUCCUACAAAUAGUUUACGAUCUAAACGGUCAUUCAGCCGUGUUGCACCCGAUUCGAGGAUCGUAAUCAAUACAAAAAGUCAAGAAGAUGAAGGUUACAUAAAUAUUUCGCCGACGUCAUCGCCAGAGGGAGAGACCUUUGAGUUAGGCCAUCAACUAUUAAGCAUCGAAAAUUUAGAUGAACCCCUUUCACCGAAUGAGUUCCAGCAGAUCCAGAAUUUGAUUUCCGGUAACUGUUCGUCUUCAGUUUCCUCUCAAAAUGAAAAUGCUGUAAUUUGUGAGUACUCUCAGCCAAGUUCUGUGACUGAAGUUGUCAAUCAGAAUGAAUUCACAAAUCUCGAUGAAUCUAACUUUGAUUCCUUAUGUUAUCUUACUGAGUUGCAACGAGAUUGUUCAGAGCUCCCUUAUACAAAUCUGACUGUCAAAUCUCUUCCUCGUCGAAUAUCUUCGAAUAGUAUAUUGCGAAAACUCCACUAUUUGGUCAAACGUAACUCUUCAGAACGUUCUAUCUGGUUGCAUCAACGUUCAACUCAAAAUAUCCUUGAUUCUACUAAGCAUGCUUCGAAAACUUUUCAAAUUCUUAGAGUAUUUCGUAAUUAUUCAGAUAGUUUGCCUGGAUUAGUGGCAUUCGGUGUGCGUGAAGUUGUAACACCUUUAGAAAAUAAAACUGAAAUAUCUAAUGCUAAUGAAAAUGUAUCAAACAAAUUCGCGAUCCUCCUUCUACCUAUUUCUGGUGUCCCUUUUGUUACAGAAGAGUUGUUUUCAUCCGCUGCAACAAAUUUCGUUUUAGGCAAUGAUUUAAAAUGUGGGGAUCUUGUUAUGGUAUUUAGUCCAUGGUUAACAUAUCCUUCUCAUGAAUUCAAUAGUUUGCCUGUGAUGUAUUCAUUCUUCUGGGUUGAACGUUUAAGACAUGAGGUUUUAAGUGAUGUAGAAAAUGAUUUUCCUAAUUCCCAAAUAAUCCCUCAUAAACCUGAACUAAUUACUUGUUCAUGUUUAAUAUCAUGUGAUCCAUUUAUUGUUUUGAAUUGUCCAAAACGUUUUAAAGGAUUAGCAGAACCAAAGUCAUCUGUCAUUCAAACGUUUCAGGAUUCUUCCGGAAAUAUGUUGACAGAAAUAUUUAAUAGGAAGUGUUUUUUAGUCUUGGGUUGCUAUCGAUUUUGGUUACUGAAGAAAUUAAGAUAUAUUCUAUUAGUUUGGCAUUACAACGAUUAUCCUGGACUAAUUCUUCUACCAGAUCAGCUAGUUCAUUCGGGUAACCUCAAUAAUCCUGUUGUUUCUUAUCAAGAUUUUCAUAUUGGAAAUGUGUACACAUCUGAGUCACUUUUACAACUUCCUGAUAAUCAGUUGCAGGCUAAUGUUCAAAGGGAAAUACAUAAUCACUUAGAUGAAAUUAAACAUAGUUUGGAAUCGAAAUAUGCCAAUAGUUUAAAUCAUUUCAUCCAUGGUUCAACUAAUCCCCAUAUUUCUAUCAGUGAAAAUACAUCCAUCGAAUAUUCAAACUGUUCAAUCAAGUUAUGGGAUGCUCGUGCAUCUCAUUUCAGUUUGGUAGAGUCAAAUUAUAUUCACUUCAAUUUGUCAACUCCAUACAAAAGUAACCUGGGUAACUAUACGCGCUGUUCGAUCAGUGGUUACUUAGUAUUUGAGCCAGCAGAAGGUUCACUUGUCAAAGAUGUUAUUUUCGAUUUGUAUAAUCAUGAAAGUAAAAAAUUGAAAUGUUCUUUAAAAAAUCUAAAUAUAUUUACUAAUGAACAAAAAUCUACACGAACAUUUUACUUAUGGAUUUCUGAAUCUGUUACAUCGACAUUAAUUCCAUGUAUUUGUUUAGUCGAUGUUACUUCACCUAUAGAGUUAAUUUACGAACAAUUAUUUGCUAUCUCUUCAACAUCAAAUUUUUUAUCUACUACUGGAUUUGGUGUUUAUAUAAUCAUUGAUCAAGGAUUAUUUUUUGAUAGUUUCAUUCUUCUAGAUCGUUUUACGUCACUUAAGACUGAGAAUUAUUCUCAACAUUCUUCAUCGAUUUUUUCAGGUACAUUGAUCCAUGUAGAUACAAGUCGAUCACAUGUUUGGUCUAUUUGUCCUUAUUGUGCAUGCGCUGAUUUUGAAAUAUAUUCUGGUGUUGAUAAUAAAGUCAAAUAUUUUUCUAAACAAGAAAAUUUGAAAUGUGUCCGAUGUUUAGCGCUUUUAUCAAAUCCUCUUGAACGAUUGGAAACAGAAGUACAAGUUUUAAUUAAUUUUGACAACGAUCAAUCCACUGUUAAUAAAUUGAAAAGACAUAAAUCGUCUGUAGAAUUGACACUAAAUAUGGCCUCUUGGAGACUUUGCAAAUUACUCAAUGUAACACAAUCAAAUUUGUUGAAGGGAUCGGGCCUCAAUGCACAAAAGUUAGUAAAUUGUCAUUUAGACAAUGUAAUUGGAAUAGUUGUGCAUAUACCAAACAAAGUGUUUACAGUUGAUAAUGUACAAAAAUACAAUGGUUAUUUGAGAAAUAUUUAUGUUAUCGAACUAGAUCGAAUGGAGAAUGGCAAUAAAAUGCUGUAA